AUGUCCAGCUCAAUCGAACAAAAACUAAACGAGCUACAAAAGUACUCUGCGUGUGAUGUCUCCGACGCCCUCCUCAAACUGCAGAAACUCCCCCAGGGAGCAACAGCACGAGCAGGACACCUAGCAGACUUCACCCCCUUCUCCCCCACCAUCGGCCACAACACAACCAACCCCAAGAUCAUUGCCCCGGCCUCAACCUUCAGAUUCAUCCCCAAGAACGACCCGGUCCCGGCUAGCGCCUCCCCAGACGAAUCCCACGGCUUCCCGCAGGGCACACACUGGGUCGACUUCGCCGAGCCCGGCACCAUCGCCGUCAUCGAGCAGCCGGCCGGCCAGCACUGCGCCGUGCUCGGCGGCAUCAUGGCCGUGCGCAUGAAGCAUCUCGGGGUGCGCGGGGUGCUGGUGAACGGCCGCGUGCGCGACCUCGCAGAGAUCAACUCUUGUCGGAUUCCGGUUUGGGCUCGGGGUACCUCGACCGUGGGGACGGGCGCAGAGGCGAAGCCGGGAGCGAGGAAUGUGCCGGUUUCGCUCGGGGGUGUGACUGUUUCUCCGGGUGAUAUCAUCUUCUGCGAUCCGUUGGAGGGUGUGGUGGCUAUUCCCCGGGAUCUUCUUGACCAGGUGCUGGAAAUUAUGCCUAAGCUGGUUGCUAUGGAUGAUAAGGUCAAAGAGGCGGUGGUGGAGGGGAUGAGCGUCUUUGAUGCAUUCAAGCAAUUUCGUACCAAGAUCUAA